GUUCGCUACAGAAGCGAAGCGAGAGACCGUGGGAAUGAAAGAAGAGUGUGUUAGCCGAUUACAUGUAACAUCCAUUAGAAUCAUAGAGGAAUAUUGUGAUAUUGUUAUUAAUAUUACAUCAAGAUUUAGCGAUGUUUUAUGUCAAUAUAUGAGCUAUAAUAACCCACAUGUACUGGAGGAUUCAAAGAGAAGAAUCGAUAAAUUACUUGUAGACUUGAGAAUGGCUUUGACGUCUUCUGCUUAUAGGAGUGAUGACAACGAGAAGAAUCUAAACGUGUUAUCAGCAAGCAAUUCAGCUGUCAAGAAGAGAAAGAGAGUGUUGGGUACAAACGGACAUAUUGGAACACCUAUCUCCGGUCUCAGUUCGGAUGUCAACAUUUUCAAUCCUGGUGUGUACAAGAAGUACGUUUCCCAAAGAUCCAGGGACGAAGCGUCCGAAAAUCUUGAUAAUUCAUUUAAUCUUGAUACAGUUGAAAUGAAGGGUUUGGCUUUUUUGCCCGAUAGUUCAGUAAUUGUGGAUAGCAAUAUCAUCUCGUCUAACGACCUUGGCGAUAGUACUUGGCAUGACAGUCCAAUUGUGAAGCAUUUGCAAUUAUUGAGAAAAAGACAUUGUUUUAACAACAAAGAAGCUACUCGUUUAGAUGACUCUGUAGAUGUGUUAUUAGAAAACAAUGAUUUAGGUUUUUCAAAGCAAAAUAUCGUUGAUUGGUCAAUGAAACUAUUAGAAAGGGAAUUACUGAUUUUGUCAACGGAAAAUAACAACAAUAAUGUAAGGUUUUGUGAUAUUAAUGGCAAUGACUCAGGAAUAUCAGACGUGACUGGUGUUAGUUUUAGAAUGGACAAUAAGAAACCCACAGAUCGUGCUGAGGAGUCUCCUGGCGAAGGCCUUGGGGAAUCGGUACCCAAGAGGCUUCGAACAGAACGACAAGAAGAAACUACCCGAAGUCUUCUAAUCAUAGGUUCAUCUGCGGCUUCAGAAAGACGACUACAAGAUGAAGAGGAAGGUUCCACAUCGGGAUCGUCUUUAUCGGAGUCUCCCACAAAGCCACAAGCAAUGUUUCGUGAGUCAGUUAGUGGGUCUAAGAUUUCAACUUCACGCUCUACCUCCAGUUCAACCUCAUCAGCAUCUUCCGAAGUAUCUUCAAAACAAUUAACCGAAAUCUCACAACCAACAAGUGAACUCAGGUCCCAAGAAGAUGCUCCAACAACCGAAAAAGAUUUAAUUAACGUAACUAUAUCAAUGAAAUCCUGUGGAAUUAUCGAGACGAAACAAGCCUCGUCACAAGUUUCUUCAAUUCUUAUGGGACCAGUUACUUCACAUGCGCAUAUUGAUACGGCUGUUACUGUGACAACCUCUCGACCAACUCAACCUGAUCUCAGCACAGCAACUACAUCACGUGACACUAAUACGGAUAAUCUAUUGGAUAGCGAAUGUGUUCUAUAUUCAAGUAGUCUUCCCAGUAAUCCUCAAGACAUUUCUCCUAUAGACCGAGGUGUUCUUGAUCCCCUUGCCCAAAUUCUCUCCCAGGGCGAUGACAGGCAUUUUAUUCCCAUAGAUGAUGAAACAGUUGCAGACUCUGGGACAAAUAUUCAUGGUACGUCACAGCAUAAUAACUGACUUGUUUUUAUCAAAUCUUUGAAGAAUGAUCAUACAUGUAAUUUUUGUUGUGUAAUAAUACUAAACCAGAUCUAGGCUGCCUCUUUCCUAAACACUAAAAUAGGACCAGUCAAGCAACCCCUGGGUUUGUAUGCCAUAUAUAGAUUGUAGUGUAGGUCCUAGUACUCACAAAUGUUAGAAAUGUUAAACCAGAUAAAAUAUUCAAAAAAAAAUAUUGAAAUUAAAUAGCACAGAUUGUUCAACGAAGUUUAUGGCCAUAAUUUCAAAUUAAACAACCCAAAACAUUUGAUUUUGAUAUCGAUGUUCAAUUGGAUUCUCCCUUGAAUUGGGUGCUGGGGGCUACCCCCCCCCCCUGCCCCACUACCCUUCACGACCCUGGAAAGCACCCUUUAUGUUGAAGUUGUAUAGAGAUGCAUUGUGUCUUUAUUUUGACUUCAAAUUUAUUAUAAAUUAUACUUUAGACAUUUAUUCACAUAACAAGCCUAUAAUCAACUCUGUAGAUCUUCGGAUGGCUGAGAUUUGAACGGAUUAAAACACGGUCGCCAUUUAAUGAUUUAAUUCAAAUAUGGCUAAUCGAGGCUAAGCCUUGAAUAACAAGUACCGCUGUUACGAUAAUAAACAAUCUAUCCUAUAUCUUGUCAAAACUUCAAACAGUGAUAAAGUAAUAUGCAUGACAUUUUCAAUAUAUUCAUUUUAUAUUAUCAAUUUUUGAACUAUUUUACAUAACGCAUUUUUAAUAAACGUGGUCUAAAGCGACACGAAGCUGAUUUUUGGUACGAUUCAACGUUUGAACCUAGAAAAUCUCGUGGGUUUCUCGCGUGUUCUUUCACACUUAAUAAACAGUAUAACCAUGGACGCAGGUGGAACAUUAUUACUAAAAUUAAAAAUUACCAUAUUGUGUUGGUUGUGAAUGAGACUGAUCGGGGGUCAUCUCGGUAGCAAACCACGAAAUAUGCUACGGAUAAGGCAACUAUAAACGAUUACAAACUAGGUAAUAUUGUAGCUCGAUAGCAGAUGAUCCAAGGGAGGUAACUGACAAAUAGUUUACUGUUUGUCAAGAUCAGGAAAGAGACCGAUAAUGUUGUAAGAGAAUGAUCUCAUCACAAUUUAUUGCCCAUUCCCUGUCGACGUAUUACCUGUAUGACUGGCAUCUAAUCUAUAAAUGUAAAAUUGUUUGAAGAUUACAGAAAGUAGGACAUUAAACCCCAUUACAUUUUAUUUGUUCGAAGAUGUUUUCAUUUUGACUUUAAUGUGGUUUCAUUAAUUGUAGUUCCAGUUUAAUUAAAGAUGCAUUAUUCAAGAGCUUAAUCUGCUCAAUACAGAUCUUUCGUUAGGCAUCAAAUGUUAUAUAAAUCAUUAAUUAGACAUAUAUUUACAUGCCAGGUCCAUAAUCAACUCUCUAGAACUUCGGAUGGUUUUAAUUUUCAACAGAUUUAAAUAUGAUUGGCAGUUAAUGAUUUAAUUUAAAAUUGGAUAAUCAUGACUUUGUUUAUUAUCGUAACAACGGUAGCAAUGACAAUCGAGACUACAGUGUUCAGCAAACGGUGAUAACUCCGCUCAAAAUAAAGUAAUUUGACUGAAAUUUUCAACAUAUUCCCUUUUCAGUAUAUAUUUUUGAACUAUUAUAUGGACAACUGUCAGCUCUGUAUCUGAAUCUUACAUAAUGCAUCUUUAAAAUGAGCUGUCAGUUAUGUUUUUGGGGGUUGAAUGGCAUUGGUCAUCUGCCAUAUCAUAUUAUUGGAAGCGGAAAUUUAUUUAGGCUGUAUUAAAUUGUCUGUAUUGGUGUACGGGGUUGCGUGUUGAGGUGAAUUAUGUGAAGAAUCAGGCCACAGGCAAUAUGACCGUGUCCCUGAUUGGUUUAGUGAUCGUAUGGCUUGUGAUUGUAGAAGUGUAAAAUAACAAACUGAAAUUGUAAUAAAAUCAUAAUUUUAUUAGAUUUAGAAUAUUUUACGUUUUGGAUUUAAAUCUUAACCUUAAUUUUACGAUUACAAUAUUUAGAACACUGCAUGCUGGUUUCAUUGUCUGUAUAUUUGAUGAUUGUCGCCUUUAAAAUCGAUUUAUUUCAACAGUUUUAGAAUCCUGUUAGUUUUACUCUAUAAAACUGUUUGUUUUUACGAUGUUUUAUAUUACGGAUUAUAAACGUUAGUCAUAGAACAGAAUUAAUAACAAAAUGGCAGUAUAUAAUGAAGUGCAAUUUAAGAAUUUCAAACAUGUAUAUAGGAAUUUAUAAAUGUUAGGAUUAUAUAAAAUUUAAUCGCUUCAGGUGUUGUAUUUUACAUAAAAUGAAUAUAUUGAGUGUUAUAUGUUUUGUUUUUUUUAAAUAUACAAUUCAUUUGUAAUUUUUUUUGAAAUAAUAUCAAUUAUUAUCCAAUUAUCUACAUCAUCACAAUUGACUCGCGCCAAAUAUGGUUGGCCAUAAACAUUCUUGGUACCCGGUGUAAUUAUCAAUUAAAAGGUUUUAAUUUAAACAGGCUAUGACGUCAGUUUACCUGCCUGAAGAAAAGAUAACCUUUUGGAGAUAUCAAUUUCAGAAUUAAUAAUUUUAUAUUCAUAAAUCGAUCAUUUUAAAGGGAUGAUUUUAUAUUUUCUGUUACAAAUUAAAAGGGUUGUAUGAAUACGCAAUUCAUUGAAAUCUAAGCCAGUGCAUGUUUUACUUAAAUUUAUAUUGAUUAUUGAUUAUAUUGAUUAGAAUAUAUUACCAUUGCUUUAAGAAGCAAUUUUGAUGAUUGCAAUUCUUAACACGAAACUCUGGUUUUAUAUAGCUUUAGUUGGACAUAACAGAAUAUUAUGUUUUUCUUGUUUUUGGGUACAAUCUGGCUAUUAUACACAUAUGCCAUGACUACGAUUAAUAGUGGUUUGUUCUCAUUGCUACUAAAAUGUGUUUCCUUUACGCAGUGAGCUGGAAGGUGGUUGUCGCAUAUCAUAUUCCAAAGGGCAUGUGAGUUGACUGCCUAAUAUAAAUUCAAUGAAGGUCACAUUACGGUAUUUUAUCGAUUAAAACAUGAUAUAUUAAAGAAGACCUUCGGAAUGUCAUCUAUUAAUUGCUAGAGUAAUAUAUCACGUUUUUUCAUUGUUUUCCAAAUGAUCUCUGGGUUCAGAAGAAUUAAAUUGUUUUUCUUUUUUCUUUUUACAUAGAAGUGCGAUUUUAAGACAUGGGCGAUUUCUUUUAAACUGAACGCUGGUCGUUUUUUGAAAGAUUUUUGCUGCCACAUGAAUUUUAUAUUGAUAUUGUGAUAUUAUAUGCUUUUAAAACUGAUUAUUAGAUUAUAUCGUUCUUUUAAUUCUCCUUAAUUAAAUAUAUAAGCUUUGGAAAAAGACAUAAAAAAAGAACCAUGUCAUCUAUCCAUUAGAUUAUUUUGUUUGAGGUUUUAUUAUAAUCAACAAUUUUGUUGUGCAAUAUUUCCAUGUAGCUUAUAUUGGGGUUUCGAUUUGAGUUUUGUUCAAUAGUGUCUAUAAUAUGUGAUACAUAUAACAAAUGUGAUAUUUUGAGAAUAAAAUGGUAGUUGAUUAGUUUAUUAAAUGAUAUACUUUUUACUAAAAUUCAUUAAUAUGUGAUAAGAAUAGAAUCUUUGUAACAUUUUGAAUUACAUUUGUUUCUUUAAUUACAAAUAAAUAUAGAAAGUGGACAUUGUUCGUUCAUAACGUUAAUAACAUUUACAUAGAUUUAAUAUAUAUUUGUUUUAAAAUAUAAAACAUAAACUUAAUAUUGAGUCGUUUUUAAUUUACACAUAAGAGAUGAUUUGCAUCGUGUGUUUAUUCGCUUGAUAUGCUAUACUUAUAUUGAAGAUGUAAUGUAAUUAAUGGUAUAUAACCUUGUAUCACCCUUUAUGAAAUUUGUUAUAUCCUCUGAUGUCCCCCUAUUGUUAAUGUUUUGAUGUAUAUAUGUUACAGAUAUUAUUGACCGCUUGCCAAAUGUUUAUAUAUUAUAGUAUUAUAUAUAUAUAUAUAUAUAUAUAUAUAUAUAUAUGUUUAUCUAGUUUGAAUAUAAAUAUAUCUGUGCAGUAUUAUGGUUAUCGUAAUAUGUCCUAAUGUUACACAGUUUUCACAGCUAUUGUUAUCAAGAAUUGUAAAACAUGUCGGUUCCUCCUCGCCUCCUUUUAGUUAUUUUUUGACCGCAUAAACACUCGAAUUCCAAACCUAAAGAGCUUAUGUUUCUAGUUAUCGUCCAAGACCAACACCCUACCUACCCCCCAACAAAAAAACCCCAAAAAACAAAAAACAAAACAAAACAACACCCCCGAACAUUCUAGGUUCUACAAAACAAAAAGGGUAACUCCGCUCAUUUGAAAAUGAAUGAUAGAUAACAUGUCCGAAAAUGCAGGUUGAUUUGAUUUCACUGUCUGCAUGUGCUAUAUGUUAAUCGGCUAGCCUUAUUAUUUUAAUCCCCAGUCUUAGGCUAAAACUGGAUAUUAUAUUGUUUGAUUUCUUAAAGGCUCGAUGCGUCAUUUGCAUUUUCGCUAAAAUAUCAAAUUUCUCACGACUUAACCCAUGCUAAAUUGAUUAUUUAACAUUUAAUUAACACAGAAUCGAAGUAUCAACGUUCAAUCUUCCGGCUUGGAUUCAAUCGGGUUAAAACUAGACCCAUCAGGUUUCUCCGCUGCCAAUAAAAUAUGGUGGUGUUUUGUUACUAGCGAGAAACACAGAUCGAUGAAAUUUCAAAUUAUCAUAACUUUGCAAAUACUGGAUGGAAUUGAACCAUUUAUAGACUGACAUUCUUAUUACAUAUGACACUUCCACAAUAUUGUAGGGAUUCCUAUAGCGCUAAAUGCCGCAUCGGGCCUUUAAAGAAGAAAGUCUUCCUUUUACACUAACACUGUCAAAAUAUCUAUUAUAACUAUUGUAUUUUAGUCAAAAAGUCUGUUAUAACUAUUGUAUUUUAGUCAAAAAGUCUGUUAUAACUAUUGUAUUUUAGUCAAAAAGUCUGUUAUAACUAUUGUAUUUUAGUCAAAAAGUCUGUUUUAACUAUUAUAUUUUAGUCAAAAGAAGAGAAACAAUUAAGAAGUGAAACGAGACGGUUUAUGUCUCUUUUCCCCAUAGAUAUAUAAGGCUGAUGGUACUUACAUAUGACUAUUGUUGCAUUGAAUCUGAUACUGUAUCUGUUUAUUUUAUUUUUUUGUGGAGAUUUAGAAAUUUUACUGGUAAUAAACGAUCAAACUUUAA